AUGUCUUUAAAAAAUACGAAACAAGAUCCUUUAUUCGAUAAUAAACUGGCAAAUAGUUUAUCCAAUCUACCUACAACACCUUAUGAUUCAAGAUUAUUAUCCAGAUUUAGAACAAAUUUUGCUACUAGGGUAACGACAGAAGUAGCAGUAAUAGAUGAUGAUGAUGAAUUGUUUAUGGGAGAUGAUAGCGAUUCCCUCUAUGAAACCGUACUUGCAUCUAAUACUGAAUUUUUAAAUUGGUUAAAUAAUAAUGAUAACAUAUUUCAAAAUAAUGUACAAAAUAAAAGAUUAAAGAUGUUAUUAGAACACUUGAAGCAAUAA